UCCUAGUUAAGGUGUGGCUAUUUUUAGUUUGCAUGGCUCUGAUAAAACGUUCUGGAAAAUGUUUGACAUCUAAAUUUGGUGGGGCUUUCGCAAUCACUGACGCUCAGCUCAUUGGAGUAUAUUGUUUCAUUUCGAAUUAAUCGUAAACUCAACAACACAUCAAAAUGUCGGAUGUUGUCAAGUCUGGAUACAUCAAACGUUACAGCAAUAGUUUUAUGGAUGGCGGAUGGAAAAAGAUCUGGGUUGUUCUACAUAGAGACAGCAAACUGGUGAUAUACAAGAAACAGUCGGAUACCUCACCAAAGGGCCAUGUUAUAAUGAAGGAUGUAUGUAAAUAUUUUGCAUUUGGCCAAUAUGCGGAGAAGUUCCCCGAGCGACCAACCCUACCGAAGGACGGCAAGAUAGACUGGGUGUUGGCGAUACCCCAGAAACCCAGCUCACAGGCCAAGUUACACUGGUUUCUAUGCGAAUCUGACAAGGAUAUAAAUGAGUGGAUGCAAGCCAUUGUUUCAACACUUCCUCAUAAAGGCGAGGCCCCACCCUCAUCAAGUGCCCCUCCCCCUGCCCCAUACAGGGAGGAGAUACAGGCUGUGAAGAGCAACCCGGUGUCAGCCCCUCCCCCUCCAGGCUAUCCAGCUGCCCCGCCUCCCUACAGUGCCGGUCCACCAGUCGGAACACUUGGAUUUGACGCUAUGAAUAUUUCUGGCCACCCUCCAGCGGCAGCUCCCCCACCCCCUGCCGGAGGAUACUACCCCCAGCAGACAUACCAUGCCCCAGCGGGGUACCCCCAGCAAGCCCCUGCCCCACAAUACCAGCCCCCAGCCCAGCAGUAUCAGCAAUCUUACCCCCAGCAACAGUAUCCACAGCAACAGUAUCCACAGCAACAGUAUCCCCAGCAACAGUAUCCCCAGCAACAGUACUACCCACAACAACCUGCAGGGGCUGCUUACCCACGGCAACCAUACAACGCUGCACCUGCACAAGGUUACUACAACCCCCAGGGUCAGUACAUAGCCUACCCCCAGGGUCAGCAGUAUGCCCCCAGACCCCACACACAAUAUGUCCAACAACAACCCCAGGUGGUGGUCGUCAAGCAGAAAAGGGACAAGGGAAUUCUGGGAGGAAGUACAGCUUCAGCCGCAGCAGGUUUGGCUGGUGGGGCUCUGCUGGGGUAUGGAGCAGCUCGGAUGAUGAGUGGACCUUGUUACGGGCUACGGUGGCUACGGUGGCUUUGGUGGCUUUGGCAUGGGUCGGUGGGGCAGUUGGAGCUCCCUCAGCAGCUGCGGCAGUUUUGGCAGCUUCAGCAGUUUCGGCAGUUGGGACUGAGCACCAUCCCGGUUAUAAUGGAUGUGUGUGUUCUGCUAUAUACAGUGAACAUCGGCGUGUACAUAAUGAAUGUGUGUACAACUACAUACAGUGUGUUCAUGAUGACCGGAUAUCAUUUACCUUUUACUGGUUCUAGAAGUAGGUUGUAAUCUUUCACACUACACUCGUCAUCAAGUAUUGCCUCUUGUAUCGAUACUGUCUACUGCAGGAGCUGCAAGGGGUUGACUCCCAAAAUGUCACGGUUGUACAGUGGCUUUCAGUUUAAAAAUCCUAUGUUCAAAUUUAACAAAACAAAUAUAUCGUUAAAAGUUUACAAGGUAUAAAGGCUAAUUGUCAGUGAAAUAUGUUCGCAUGACAGUUAAAUCUCCUUUUUGUUUCUCUGGAACUCUGUGCGAUAUCUCAAAGUGUGACCUCAAAGUGAGGUCGCAAGUGAGUGAUGUCAUAUCUCAUGUUAUGACCUCAUGUUCAUGUACUGAGAUAUGAAAAUGAAAAGUAGAGUACUGUUUUCCAAGAUACUGUUUCCUAUUCCUAUCUGACUCCAUAUUACAGAAAUCUGAACCAUUUUUACUUCUUUUGUUAGACUUGUCAGUUGAACAUUUUCUGUAUCAUGUGUUGAGUCUCACGUGGUGUGGAAAUACAUUACUAUAGAGUCGAAAUGGAAUGCUAUUUCAUUAUGAUUUUAAUUUAAGGUAAGUUCACAUUCCUUCAUAAAUGACUGCUCCUCUCUUAAAUGUUGUGACCGCCUCCCGUGGUGUAGUGGUUAGAGCAUCCGCCUGGAGAGCGGAAGGUUGCGGGUUCGUUCCCCGACCGCGUCAUACCAAAAGACGUUUAAAUAUGGUACUUG